AUGCCGCGCCUGAAGCUCACGUACUUUGACAUGCCCGGACGCGCCGAGGUCACUCGCCUCGCGUUUGCUAUCGGUGGCAUUGCCUUCGACGACCACCGCCUUCCUCGCGACCAGUGGCCAGCCCUCAAGCCCACGACGCCGUUCCUCCAGAUUCCAAUCUUGGACGUGGAUGGCGUCGUGUACUCGCAGUCGCAUGCAAUUGAGCGGUACGCAGGCACUUUGUCUGGGCUGUACCCGACCACCGACGCUCUCGCCGCGCUGCUUGUGGACGAGAUCGUCGACUUCAACGAAGAAAUCCUGACUCUGCUCAUUCCAGCUCGACUCGAGGCGGAUCCGGCCGCCAAGCGCGAGUUGACCAACGCGUUGGCGGCGAAACCGUUGCCGGACAAACUGGCGUUGUUGGAAGCGAGGUUGGCGGCGACGUCGGCCGCGAAGAAGAGCCACGGCGACGGGCCUUGGCUUUUGGACGCCAUGUCCCUCGCCGACUUGGCGAUCCAUGGCAUCGUCGACCGGCUCACGUCGGGGUGGCUGCCGGACAUGUCGCCAGCCAUCGUCGACCCGUACCCCCGCACCAUGUCCAUUUACCACGCCGUGCGCAUGCAUCCCAAAGUCGUGGCUUGGUAUGCCUCAAAGAAAUGA